CUUACCCAAAAAAAAAUAAAAAAAAAAUCAAGAAUAUAUAAUUUGUGAGCGUUUCAGAUAUCAAAAGCCAAUGGCGAACAAACCGAUUCUGCUGGAUUACUGGCCGAGUAUGUUCGGAAUGAGGGCUAGAGUUGCGUUGAGGGAGAAAGGUGUUGAUUUUGAGUACAGAGAGGAGGACUUCAGCAACAAGAGCGCUUUGCUCCUCCAGAGUAAUCCUGUUCACAAGAAAAUCCCGGUUCUCGUCCACAACGGUAAACCGGUCUGUGAGUCUCUCAACGUCGUCCAGUACGUUGACGAGGCCUGGCCUGACAAGAACCCAUUCUUCCCUUCCGAUCCUUACGGGAGAUCUCAGGCUCGAUUCUGGGCCGAUUUCGUCGACAAGAAGUUCACCGAAGCACAAGUGAAGAUAUGGAUGAAGAAAGGUGAAGAGCAAGAAGCAGGGAAGAAGGAGUUUAUUGAAGCACUCAAGAUUCUUGAAUCUGAGCUUGGAGACAAACCUUACUUUGGUGGAGAUAGCUUCGGAUAUGUAGACAUUUCCUUGAUUACAUUCUACAGUUGGUUCCAAGCAUACGAGAAGUUUGGUAACAUAAGCAUCGAAGCAGAGAGUCCGAAACUGGUCGCUUGGGGAAAGAGGUGCAUGGAGAAAGAGAGUGUGUCUAAGUCUCUCCCUGAAUCUGAGAAGAUUGUUGGAUACGUUGCUGAGUUUAGGAAGAACAAUCUCGGAUCUGAGUAGAGAAUCAUAUUCUUGUUCUUUUCUCGUCAAUCUAUGUUCUUUCUCUCUUCUGUUCUGUUUUUUUAACUUUGGUUUUCUGUGUUCCUUAAUAAUGCGAGCUGAGAGCAUAUAUCAGAGUGACUGUGUGUGUGUGGUGGUGGCAUGUAUGCAUCCUAGUUCCUAAGUAUUGAAUAAAAUGUUUUUUUAUUUAA